AUGUCUUUACCACUCCAAGUCAUUUCCAAUUUGUGCACUGUUUACGCCGACCUGAACGAGAUAUUCCAAUCUCCUCAUGUUGCUCCAGUAUUCGAUUGCUCAAAUGCUUUGAUUUCGACCAAGGACGAUGGUAACAAAAUUCUUGUUUCGAGACAACGCCUCGAAAGAGGCCAUCUCUCUUCUCGCAGGGUCUCUCCCUCAUGGAGGGUUACCUUGGAGAAGAUCAAAAAUUGGUUUAUCGGUAUUUGGCAAGAAAUCCUGCCAAAUUUAGAGCUUCCUUCAAUUUUGCAACCAAAAACAAAAACUUUUUUGCAACCACCAUUUCACAAUACUUCUAAGCGUCUUCUUAGUAGAACUGCUUCUGGGGUUGCUGCUUUCACCCCUCGCAAUUUAGACCAUACACUCAAAGAAUUGAAAUGUAUUGGUAAAGUCGUUGGUCAAGAUAUUGGGUUAGUGAGGUCACAGAAGCAAUUAGUUCUUCAUUGGUUGAUUCUGGUUGUAUUUUCUUCAAGGAAUCAUCCGAUGAGACCCCCUACCCCAACCUUGCCGCAACUGGAAUGAGACUCGCCUACGUGUCUCAAUGGAAUGGACAAUCUCAAAAUACUCAACAAGAAUCUGAACUUAAAGGGUUACCAGAUAAAACAGAUACUAUGUUAUUAUUUACUGAUAGCUACGAUAGCUAUGAAAAGCCUGAUUCACCAGAGUACUUUAAUGACGAUGUGGUAGUGUCACUGGUAGCUAACUCCGGACAUAUAUAUGGCUGGGACUUUAAAGGAGAUUCUUGGGCCGACUGGGAUGACGAAGAAGACGAUUGGACAGGUUCAAAAGAGAUCACAUCUGAUCUUUUAGAUGAACCUAAGGUUCACCAGAGCCUUCCAAGUCAUUCUCGGGAAGAUGUCGGGAAAAAAUCCACUUCCACUCUUGCUAGACUUGAGUCCUUAACCGAAGUGAUUAUUCCAAGGGGGGGAAACUCUCCUCUUGGGAAUAACAUGGUGACCCCGUCAUUUAAUCUUGUUGAAACCAAGGUGCAUUCUCCGAAGUUGACACAAGAUGUAAUGGUAGGCAAUUUCAAUACUCUUGCAAAGGAGUUUUCUCCCUUACAAAUUACGAUGUUAAGAGAUUCACCUAUUUUGCUGAAUGUAUUAGAGAAAAUAUCGAGCACAUGCGAGACUCUAAAUUCAACAACAUGUUUUGGUUAUUCUUCUGAGAAGAUAUGUAUGCUGGGAAUUAGCUUAGUCUCAAAUACUGCUGAUGCUAGAAUUGAGAACAAGAAACAGCAUAUACUUCUCCAUUACAGAGUUAUUGAAAAAUCCAGGUCGAUUUUAGUCCAGAUACCAGAUAGAGAUUACCUUGAGCAGGUUAUUUCCAAACCAGUUUUAGGGAAUCUUCAAUCAAGUACUGUUCUAGGAUCAAUCCCCCAUAAAACACUCCUUGAAUUGGUAUCAGCUAUGCUAGUACUCGGGGUAAACCCGAUGGAAACGAGCAAUGAUAAACGGAGAAGCUUGAAAUCAGUUCAUAAAUAUGCGAAUGUGUCGCCUGCUACUACUAUUCCAGAGGAAGCAAACCAAAUUUUUAGUACUCAUGAUGUUAUUGAAUCUCCAAUCAUGGAAAACACUGCCAUUGAUGGUGUUACUUCUUCUAAUAUUUAUGAAGAAAUUCUUCAAGAAAAAAAGACCAAAAUCUAUGGCUUGGGUUUCCAAAGUUCCUCUGAUUUUGUUAACAUGAAAGAAGUUGUUGACAAUAACAUGGACAAUGAUUUGGGUUAUGAUAUUGAGAGUGUUGAUAGUCUUACUCCACCAGAGGAAGAAAAUUUGGUGAGCUUGCUGGUCAAGGAAAAAUAUUGCACUGAAAAAUUUGGACUUGUAAUGGACCUGAUUUGGGAUGAACUUGUUGAAAGUGAUUUACUAGACUCUUAUGGAUUGGAUGUUGAAGAAACUUUUGAAGAUUCCGAGACGGUGCCACUUCGAAAUUGUUUUGGUAAUUCUCUUUCACCAGUUUGUGAAGAAUCCGAACCUGAAAUAGAGGACAACUGUUUUGGCUUUGUUGAGACGGUAACUCCUUCUAUUUCAAGCCAUUAUUUUGGAGGUUCUUGUAUAAGUGACAAUUUGAAUCAGUCAGUUUUUAUGGCCCCAGGAAUAUGUGACAAUCCCGAAGAAAGUCUUGUAUCAAAUGGUACAAGUUCAGGACCUGAAAUCCAUUCAUCCUUUUCAAGUUCUGAUAAGGAAAUUAAUGAAUUAGGUAUCAGAUUUCACACACGCUCAUCAACAAGUAUUGAUGUAUUGAAGGCCAAGAAAGAGAUAGUAACAGAAGCAAAUGGAAAUCUUUCGAAAUGCGACACACUUGGACAGCUUACUGACAGAACUUCUCUAGAUGGGUUGAAAUCUAAACUGGCCCACGGAAAAGUUCAACUUAGUAGUUUCCUCGUAAGAAUGCCUCGAAAGACGCUCCUUGAACUUGUGAAGUUAUGCAAUGUCACUGAAAACUCAACCGUGAAAUCAAAACUUUCAACGACCAGGAAAAAUGGCAGCAGGCGAGACAAUAGCAAGAGAAGAAGAUAUUAUGAAUAUCAACCUCGGUAUUAA